ACGUUGCUCAACCCCAGGAGCGACUCUCUGGUGAGUCACCGGUUCAGAGGAGGCCUUCAAAAAGAAGAGCCUGCCGCUCCACAGAACCACUCAGACACAGAAGAGAGAAGGAUGAAGCAGAUUGUGGUUCUCACCUGCCUGGUGUGUGUGGCUUUCACACAGGAAACCGUCAUCGACCCCAGAGGAGCUCGACCGGUGGAACACGGAACCAGAGACGAGAAAUGUGCCACUCAGAAGGAAUGGCCAUUCUGCCUGGACGACGACUGGGGCUACAAAUGUCCCUCAGGCUGCAGGAUUCAAGGCCUGAUGGAUAAGUACGACCACCAACUGCUGAAGAAGAUCGAGAACAUCCGCCACCAGCUGAAUCAGCACAAGGGGAAGUAUCGCACCGCCGACCAGGUGUCCAAACAGACGCACGACUACCUGAGGGAGAAGCUUACCGUCGACGCAGGUCAUGACAACAGGUACUUCGAACUGGCCCAGAGUCUGCGACAGAGAAUCACAGACAUAAAAAUCCGGAUUGACAAGCAGAUGAAAGUCAUGACCGCCUUGAAGGAGCGGAUCAGGGAUCAGGUCACGGAGAUGCAAAGGCUGGAGGUCGACAUCGACAUGAAGCUUCGCGCCUGUAAGGGCUCCUGUGGAGGCUACCACGAGUACCAGGUGGACCGGGAGAGCUACGUCACCCUGGAGAAGCAGGUAACACAGCUGGACUCGCAGACCCCACAGAACAUCGAAGCGGCGGGGACGCUCUACGUGAUGAAGAGCAGGCCGCUGCAGGGCGUGCUGGUGGACAGCAUCUACAAGACCAAGGCGGUGGACGGCCAGCAGAAACAGGACCUGUUCAGUGACAUUAAUACGCUAAAGCUUGUUCUGGAGGAGGAAGGCUCCAGCUCAUCUCCUGCAACUGUCUCCAAAGAGCCAGGUACUUCAUUCCCAUCGUCGUCAUCAUCAUCAUCUUCAUCCUCCCUCUUACCGUCUGGUUCCUCCAAUCCGUCCAAGUCCAUCACUGAGCUUGGAGGACGUGGCGACGGGGACAUUUUUGGCGGGUUUGGAGGGUUUGACGGUUUCGGUCAGCCUAGUACAAGCAAAGUGACCACAAAAACCGUCAGCUGCACCAGUCAAGUAAGAAAAGUGGUGGUUCACACCAAGGAGGGGCCGGUAGAACGGUACGAGACUGUAACUGAAGGAGGACCCGGGUGCCAAGGGGUGGAGAUGACCAAGGGUGGGAUGAGUUCCCUGUUCCCCACUCUGAGCCAUGCUUCCACAACCAAAACGGGCUUCGGCAGUAGCAAAGGAACCACUUUAGGAAAUCCCUUUGGGAGCGACGUUGGGAUCGACCUUGGAGCCUUCAUGACCGACAACGCCGAGGACGACGUUCCCGAUUUCCAUGCCAGAAGUAUAAAGAGCGCGGACGUCGACCGGCAGGCCGAUUAUGUAGGAAAAGAUUGUGUUGAAGCCAACCAGAAGCACCUGAAAGGGGAAACAAACGGCCUGUUUAAAAUCAAACCCGGCGGCGCCGACUCCACACCGGUGGUGGAGGUUUACUGCCAGCAGGAGGGCGUGAUGGGGGGCUGGUUGUUAGUUCAGCAGAGGGAGAGUGGAGAGCUUAGCUUCAACCGCACCUGGGCCGACUACCGCGACGGGUUCGGCUCAGUCGAUGCUCAGGGUAAAGGCGAGUUCUGGCUGGGCAACCAGAACCUCCACCUGCUGACGGGUCAGGGUGAGACCAUGCUGAAGGUGGAGCUGGAGGACUGGGAGGGGGGCAAAGCUAGUGCAGAGUACAUGGUGAAGGUAGGCUCAGAGGAGGAGGGCUAUCCGCUGCACGUCUCGGGCUACACCGGAGACGCCGGGGACUCUCUGGCCGCACCGAAAGCCUCUGAGGUGUCUCAUAACGGCAUGAAAUUCAGUACGUUUGACAAAGACAACGACAACUGGGAGCAGAACUGUGCGGAGGCGUACGGGGGCGGCUGGUGGUACAACAGCUGCCAGGCCGCUAAUUUAAACGGGAUGUAUUAUAAAGGCACAUAUGACCCAGAAACCAACCCGCCGUAUAAGACCGAGAACGGAGUGGUAUGGUCCACGUUCAAACCCAUCACCUACAGCCUGAAAACCGUCCGCAUGUUCAUCCGAUCUUCUGCGUUUUAACUGGAAACGACAACGUAACUUUUUUAAAUAAAAACCUACGUUUCUGUAAACUUUUUCCAUGUAUUUUGGUACACAAAUAAGUCGAGACAGUUUUUCGUCCCGACGCCGUUGGCGGGUUACAUGGGGACACCUUUGUUAGUAUUAUCGAUCCAAGGUCCUGACCUGAUGUUUUUUGGAUUACUUAACUCUGUGGAUCAAUAAAUAACCUUUGUUCCAUCAAUAAAAAUUGAGUAAUCACCCUA